UAACGCCCGGCCGGGAAGGCGGUGGGCAGCGCCCCCGCCCGGCCUCGCUCCGCGCCCUUGGCAGGGGCAGCGCCCGCCGCGGCCAUGGCGGCCUGGCCCACUGUGCCCCUCCUCAUCAACCUCGGCGGGUCGCUGCUGGGCUUCGCGGCCACGCUCACGCUGAUUCCGGCCUUCACGGACCACUUCCUCGCCGCGCGGCUCUUCGGGGAGGACCUCAACAAGACCUCAAGGCGGCCCGUCCCCGAAGCACAGGGCGUGAUCAGCGGUGCCGUGUUCCUGAUCAUCCUCUUCUGCUUCAUCCCCGUGCCCUUCCUGAGAUGUUUUGUGGAGGAGCAGUGCGCGGCCUUUCCUCACGACGAGUUCGUGGAGCUCAUCGGUUCGCUCCUUGCCAUCUGCUGCAUGAUUUUCCUGGGCUUUGCAGAUGAUGUUCUGAACCUGCGCUGGCGCCACAAGUUGCUUCUUCCUACCAUGGCUUCCCUCCCUCUGCUCAUGGUUUACUUCACCAACUUUGGGAACACGACCAUUGUGGUGCCUAAGCCCUUCCGGGUGUUGCUGGGCAUGCACUUGGACCUGGGUAUCCUCUACUACGUGUACAUGGGUAUGCUAGCAGUGUUCUGCACUAAUGCCAUCAACAUUCUUGCUGGAAUUAAUGGAAUUGAAGCAGGACAGUCGCUGGUGAUAGCUGCUUCCAUUAUCAUAUUCAAUAUUGUAGAGCUAAACGGGGAUUAUCAAGAUGAUCACAUUUUUUCUCUCUACUUCAUGAUUCCCUUUUUUUUUACCACACUGGGCCUAUUUUACUACAACUGGUACCCAUCUCGAGUGUUUGUUGGGGAUACCUUCUGCUACUUUGCUGGCAUGACCUUUGCUGUGGUGGGGAUCUUGGGACACUUCAGCAAAACAAUGCUGCUUUUUUUCAUCCCACAAGUACUCAACUUCCUCUAUUCAUUGCCUCAACUCUUCCACGUCAUUCCUUGUCCCCGUCACCGGCUACCGAGGCUUAAUCCUAGUACAGGCAAGUUGGAGAUGAGCUACUCCAAAUUCAAAACUAAGAGCCUCUCUGCCCUGGGAACAAGCAUUCUGAAGGUAGUCAAGAUCUUGCACGUAGUAGAUGUGAGGAGUGGAACAGAUGAAGAUGGCGAAUACACUGAAUGCAAUAAUAUGACACUUAUUAAUUUUGUCAUAAAGCUGAUUGGACCCACCCACGAGCGAAAUCUCACUCUUCUGUUGCUACUCAUUCAGGUCCUUGGCAGCACGAUUGCAUUUUCGAUCCGGUACCAACUAGUGCGCUUGUUUUAUGAUGUCUGACUGGACUGUCAGGAGUGAGGGAAAGAGUUCUACCUGGCAGUCCAUUUUAUCCAGUUGCUUGACCAACUGAUGAUUCAACUGAUGUUGCUCCCACCCUCUGGGAACCUCAGAAUACCUGUCAAAACACAAGCAACUGCUUUGCGUGAGCUAGUUUUGAACCGGGAUGUUCUUUGUGCACCAGAGGCUUUUGUCCAAUUCUGUGAUAGAAAAGAUUCACUACUACUCGGACAUGAUUGUUACUAGGAAUACCUUUUAGAAGGGAAGCAAAUGACAGCACUUAGGGAAAGUGGGAAAGGUGGAAUCUCUAUAUGUCUAACAAAGACUACUGUUCACCAAGAGAGAAAACAGCAGCUUUAAUUUCUGUGAGCAGAAUAAGUAAACCAGAUGCCAUUCCUGGCUUCUCCAACCAAUCCUGUUUUUGGUCCAUGGACACAGAAUGUCAUGUUAUAACCCGUACUCAAAACUAAGAGUGCUCCAAGAAUAAAAUAAUUCAUGGUACCUUUU